CUUCCUCUGUGCAUGUUCGGCCAUGUUUUAAUGCAUAUUAUCCUUUCAGAAAUAGCUGUGUAUUCAACAACUUGUAUCUUUAAACAAAAGUGUUUGUAUAGAUUUGCAGCUUUUUUCUUAGCACACUUGCACAAUGGUUUACACUUAAGACUUAUGGCGACAAAAUUGAUAUACAGCAUGAUAGUAUCAUUGAUACGUACGCGAUUUUACUAGGCAGCAGUACACAAAAGAUUGCAAAUACGUAAACGCAAUCGGGAAUCAUUUGUAAGUUCAUAUUUCCCACACUCACUCAGCUCCAGCAAACCGUACGAGUAACAUGAGGAAGAAGCAGAAUGUCAGGAACAGAAAAUCUGAGGAGGCUCCUGUGGUUCAAGAAUUUGUUGUGGAGAAGAUCAUAGAAAGGCGUGUUGUAGAGGGGAAAGUUGAAUUCUACCUGAAGUGGAAGGGAUUUACAGAUGCUGAUAAUACGUGGGAGCCUGAAGAAAAUCUGGACUGCCCAGAACUCAUUGAAGAAUUCUUGAAGACCCUGAACAUCUCGCCGGAGAUAGACGAGACCAGUAACCAACUGCUGGUGGAGCAGAACGAAGUGGAAGAAAGCAGUAAGGAGUGCCAGGCAGACGAACCCCAGGAAGCCAAUGAGAAUGAAGAGGCCGACCAGCCAACAGGGUUUGCCAGUGGAUUUGAACCAGAGCGCAUCAUUGGAUCUACAGAUAGCAAAGGGGAGUUAAUGUUCCUGAUGAAAUGGAAGGACUCGAAGGAGGUAGAGUUAGUGCCAGCCAGAGAAGCCAGUGUAAAGUGUCCUCAGGUUGUAAUUGCUUUCUAUGAGGAUAAACUUACCUGGCAUGCAUGCCCUGAAGAUGAACAGCAAUAAAACUUUCUUGGCAGUGCUGAAAGGUUUCACAGGAGAACAUUGCUUGAUAUAUUCAAAAUGAGGGCAGCUCUACUACUUUGACUGCUGCUUUGUAUACUCUAUGGCAGGCCUGGUCCUGGAGAGCCACAAUCCAGCAGGUUUUAUAGCUAACCCUUAAUCGUCCAUUUCUAAAGACUUGGAACAAUUUCAUUUUGACUAGUUAAGCAGGUAAUUUGUUCAAUUAAGUAAUUUAGAAACAAUUUGAAACAAAAGCCUACACACUGCAGCUCUCGUGGACCAGAGCUGACCACUCCUGAUAUAAUUGAACACAUUAACUUGGUGAUUAAGGGUUACCUGUAAAACCUGCUGGAUUAUGGCUCUCCAGGACUAGGGUUGGCCUGCUCUAUGGGAUGUGCUGCUACAGUAUACCUUGUUUAAUAUUGAUUUUUUUAAUUAUUCCAUUAGGAUCCCUUACAUUAAAGUAGCUGUCUCCUUGGCUGAUGCAUUCUCCUUAGUUAAUAUAUCUCUUAUUACAACAGAAGAAUUGCUUGUCUAAAGAUUGUUCUGUAUUAUUGAUGAUAACAUUUUAUUUUAGUCUUAAUUUUAAUUACUAUUCUUUAGUAGUAUCCAGCGUUAUCUAAAUUUGUAAAUUAUUAUUAUUAAAAAAAAAAAGUUGACAGUAAAUCAAAGAUUUAUGUUUUAUUAGUGAGGUUCAUCUUUUUCAAAGGUAUGUUAAAUUGAAUAUUUCGUACCUAAUUAAUAAUCACAUUUCAUGCUGCUGACAUUUUUCCUCUUAUUCUUUGUCUUACUUAUCUGCAUGUUUGCUGUAUAAUGUUCUGUAUUAUGUAAUGCUACUCAUAAUUGAAAAAAUUGCAAUACAAA